AUGUUUAUCUACACCUAUAACUGGAUUGGACUGUAUCUAUAUUAUAAUGACUUGUAUUACCCUACUGAUACUCAAGAAUAUGUCGAUUAAAUAUUUGAUAUGCUCGGAAUUGCUGCAUCUAAUGCUUUAAUUGUCUACUUUUGCUUUGAGAUGAGGGUAGUUUAUUUAAAAUUUGAAUCGACAUCUUUAAACUUGACUGAAAUUAUACUCUGGGAUAAUCAAGAAUUAAAAACAGAAUAACUACCUAGCAGAAAGUUUAAAGCGAUUGUAAUCUGGGUAUUAUUUCUAUUUUUAUACCAACUGACAGAAAUCUUUAUCAAAGUUAUCAUGAGAAAUAUCAUUAGUGAUGAAUUUCUGCUUUGGAGAGAUGAUGUUUACACUACUAUCAUUCUCCUCUUUUAUAAUGUUGAAGAGUUUUUAAUUGGAAUAACUAUGCUAUACCUUUUCUAUCACUAGAGUAAAUUAAAUUUAAGAACUAGAAGUGGGACCUCAGCUUCAAUGUUUGAUGAGAGAGAAGAGGAUUCUUAGAAUAUAAUAGAUCUUCUAAAUGUGAGUCGGAAUGCAACAGUAAUGUUUGGUAAUCAAAAUGAUAAAUAAAACAUCAAUCAUAAAGAUACAAAGCAAAUAUAAUAAAAUCUUCAAUAUCCUAUCAAUCUAUCAAAUAAUCCUUAGGGUAUAUAUUCUGUUCAGACUUCCUAAUAGAGGACUAAAUUAGUGGCAUUACCAUAGUCCCCCGAUAGCGAUGAUGAAUAUGAAAACAGCAUAUCCCUUCUAAGUGACUUUUAGAAAUUUCUAAACUCCCAGCUUAGCGGAAGAUCUAUAAAAGUUUCAUCCAAACGAUAAUUGCAAAAAUAACAGUCUCAAAUUAAUUGA